AUGUUCGACCUUCCCACAGCAAAACGCGUCAUCACGCUCCCCAUCCCCGCCGACGAAGCCGAGCUCCAAGAUGCACACGACCGCCUCGGGAAGUUGCUGAACCUAGACAGCAUUCUUGGCCUGGAUACUAGUCAAAAGGAGGAAGAGGACCAACAACCCGCGGUCGAUAAUGAGGACGACGAGCAAGAGUUCGAAUUCCGACUGUUCAGUGCGCCCGUCAAAUCCAAAGAAACGACCGAGAAAGCACCCGAAGAAGAAUCAUCUACAAGGCAGAAGAGCUCUUCCAAAGAGAAAGAGGCUGGGAAUGAAGGAACACAGAAACUGCGCAUUCGAUUGCGGUCUCCAACCCCCAUAUCUGCGAGACCAGAGGAUGGUAGAUUCGUCAAGGCCUUCCGCGGAUGGCAAUACUAUUUCACCGACCCCACACUCUAUGGUUUGAAAGAUGAGUCGGAUGUUGAGGCACAGCUGUCAGAGAAGCGACGCCAGUAUGAGGACACAGCCGUGACCGGCGACCACAUAACAUCAUGGGCCAAGGCUCAACCGUGGCCAGGUUGUGAUCUAUCAUGGCGAGUGAUCCGUCUCAAGCGCCAUCAAACAAAAGUGCCGUCAGCACACAAAACUGUGCCCGUAUACGUGGUCGAGGGUGCUCCGCCGACCAAGUCACCCAAGACCAGAAAGAAGCCAGGCAAAAAGCGUCGUGUUCAGCUUCGCAAGAAAGUCAAGGCGGCUGAGGUUGCGAAGGAGAACGAGGCAGAUAAGCGGACCCGCAAGAACCGUGAACGCAAGAUCAAACGGCGACAAAAGGCCCGUGAGGAGAAAGCUGCGAAAGCGGGUGAAACUGUUGGUGGAGAUGUUGCUAUGGCUGAUGGAGAUGGAUCUUCUAGUGGCGAGGAGUAG